GAGGGACCCGCCCCUUCCGGUCUGGCACGCGCCGCUUCCGCUUUGUUCCCGGCCGCCGCGCGCCGCUGAGGCCUGAUGGCGGAACCUUCACCCCUGCGGAAGAGGGGGCCCCGGGGCGACCAGGAGCCCGAGCCACGCGAGGCCCCGCAAGAAGCGCCCGUUGAGCCUACAAGCACAGAGAAGAAAGAGAAACCUCUUCCCAGAUUAAAUAUUCACUCUGCAUUCUGGAUAUUGACAUCAAUAGUUACUACAUACUAUGUUGAAUUCUUUAAAACUAUCAAAGAGAUUCUUCAACAAGAAAGUUGGUGGUUUGUGCUUGGCAGCUGUUUAUUGGUCGUCAGCUUGUCUGUGGCCUUUUAUUGCAUUGUGUAUCUUGAAUGGUAUCAUGGAAUUGAGGAUUACGAUACUAGCUACCCUGCACUAAUACCAAUCACAACUGCAUGUUUUAUUGCUGCAGCAGUUUGUUUUAAUAUUUCCUUAUGGCCUAUAUGGUCUUUUCUGACACCUCUGAUCCUCUUCAUCCAGUUUAUGGGUAUCGUGAUGCUUGUAUCACUCCUGGGCUAAGUCUUUUUUGAUCUUCAUGUAUUCAGCAUACAGAAUCUGUCAGUGCCUUUCUGCUAAGAUGUCUACCAGAACUGAUCAGCAUCUACCUUCAGUUAUGCAUACACUUUUUAGUAUGUGGCUUAAGGUUCCCAUUGGUGAGCUUGGAUGCAGCAGCUCCAUGAGAUGUGAACUUCAGCAUGCAAUGGAGAUCUGAACAAAAGCCUGCAUUGAUUUCUUCAGUAUGCAUGUGUGUUACAGACACAGCAGAAUCAUGUAUGGAGCUAUCUUCAAAAUGAAGUGAACUGAGGGGUGUUUGCACGCACACACUUGAAGAGCUUUGCUUUGUCUUUGGAUGGAAUGUUGGGUUUGGAGCAAUUAUAUUUAACUACUACAUUUAUAAAUUGCAGAAUAAUUUGCAUUUUACUUCAUUAUUCUUAUUUAAUAAAUAAAUAUUUCAUAGUAAA